CACCUUUGUGCCGUUUCUCAAAUGUGGCGGGUUCAUAUUAACCCAUGAAUGCAUGCAACCAAUAUUGAUCCACUGGCAGGAUAGGCCAAAGCAUGAGUGCCUUGGCCACAGCACAAGACGUUCCAUUUCCGCUUUUUACCCCCUUGGUGACAUCUAGUUCUCCUGUAGGUUCUGGGGGACUUUUGGCCAGUGUCAGGUCUCAGCAAAGCACAUUCUAUGCAUUACCUGCUGAGAGUUUGAGUAUGGCGGAAAUCAAGCAAAAAGGGCACUAUGAAACUCGGUUUCGAAAGUUGGCGGUAAUAUAACUUCUCCCAUUCUUAUCCGUUACGACUGAUAUAUAUAUGUACGUCCUGCCUUGCGAUGAAUGUGGUGGAAAGCAAUCGGGAG